AUGGCGCGUAAGACUGAGUGCUGUCGGCUCAAUGGUCUGGAGAUCUCCCUCAUAGUUCUCUUCCUUUUGAUGACAGCGGUCUCAGUGGGGUUAAUAAUAGUCCUGGCCCUCAAACUGGAUUCAGAAAAACAGGAAGUGACUCCAGAGGAGCCGAGCCCAUCAGUGGAUCCUCCAGAGAACCCUUAUCUGAUUGGUGUGGGUCGAGCUGACUGUACCGGGCCUGUGGCCGAUCUGCCCAUGAUGGGUUACGCUAAUACUGAGCAGACGGUGAGAGGGAUCCAUACACGUCUGUUCAGCCGAGCCUUCAUCAUGGACGAUGGCAGUAAAAGAGUGGUGUUCAUCACUGCAGACAUUGGCAUGGUCUCUCAGAGACUGAGGCUAGAGGUUCUGCAAGAGCUUAAGGCGAAAUACGGAGACCUGUACAGACAGGACAAUGUGGUCAUGAGUGGCACACACACACAUGCAGGCGUGGGUGGCUAUUUCCAGUACACCCUCUUUAUGAUCACCAGUAAAGGCUACAUUAAGCCGUCUAUACAAGCCAUCGUCAGUGGAAUAGUCAAGAGCAUUGAUCUAGCUCACAGGAAUUUGAGACCUGGACGAAUUUUUAUAAAUAAAGGACAACUAGUCGACAGCAACUUGAACAGAAGCCCACAUUCAUACAUGAACAACCCUGAGGAGGAGAGAAACAGAAGACAGGGUCCUUUUGUAGCCGGCUUUUCCUCCAGUAAUCUUGGAGAUUCAUCUCCCAACAUUCUCGGCCCCGUCUGUGUGAACACAGGCGAGAAGUGUGACUACCUUAACAGCUCCUGUCCCAUCGGUGGAAAAAAAGAAUGCUUAGCUUUUGGACCGGGUGAGGACAUGUUUGAAAGUACCAGGAUGAUAGGAGAGAAUAUGUACAAAAAAGCAAAGGAGCUGUACAGCAGUGCAAAGCAGGAGCUACAUGGGCCCGUUUACGGCGCACAUCAGUGGGUCAACAUGACCGAUGAGUCUGUCCCAUUCAACUCAACUCAUACAGGACGGACGUGUAAACCUGCUCUGGGCCACAGUUUUGCUGCUGGUACAACUGAUGGAGGAGGAGAGUUCAACUUCAUGCAAGGGGAUACAAAUGGAGAUCCUUUCUGGGAUGGAAUAAGAGAUGCAGUUUUGGGACCGCCGUCCAACGAGACCACAGCUUGUCAUCGGCCUAAACCAAUCCUCUUCAGCACUGGGGAGAUGGAUUCGCCCCUCCCAUGGCAUCCAGCCAUUGUGGACGUUCAGAUCAUCACUAUUGGCUCUUUAGCCAUAGUUGCGGUCCCAGGAGAAUUUACUACCAUGUCAGGGAGAAGGAUACGAGAGGCAGUCAAAAAGGAGUUGGAGGUGAAAGAGUCUUUCGCUAAUGCAGAAGUGGUCGUUGCUGGUCUGUGCAACAUCUACACCCACUACAUCACAACAUAUGAAGAAUAUCAGAUCCAGCGAUAUGAGGGCGCAUCCACUAUUUUUGGCCCUCACACUCUCUUGGCUUAUAUCCAGCGCUACAGAGGCCUGGCCAAAGCUAUAGCUCAUGAAACAAUAAGAGAGUUGCCGAAAGGUCCUGAACCCCCUUUCUUUGAUGAAGACAAACUUUUUAAUCAAGUGAAGGACCCAGUGGCAGAUGUAGCACCAGCUGACACCGUAUUUGGUGACAUCUUAGAGCAGGUUAACCCUGUCUAUAAAGUGGGAGAAAUUGCAUCUGUCACAUUUGUCGCUGGAAACCCGAGACACUCUGGAGAUAUUAGAGAUAAGACAUUUGUCACAGUGGAGAGGUUUCACAACGACACCGACUCAUGGGAAAUAGUUCACACAGAUGCAUCGUGGGAAACGAGGUUUCACUGGAUUAAAGGACUUGCUGGCCGGAGUCAGUCAAAAGUGGAGUGGCACAUCCCGCUCACGGCACAGACAGGAACCUACCGGAUUCAACACUUUGGACACUACAAACAAAUCAUGGAUAACAACACCAUCACCACAGCAUACGUGGGCACUUCUGAUGCUUUCAAAGUCACCAAAAGUUUUUACUACUAUUGAUCAGUGUAUCACUGAGAAAGAUCAUUAGAUGUGAGGCUGACAGCUAUUAGCUGCUCAUAAGGCAGUGUUCAAUUAACUUAAUAACUUAAUGUUGUUGUUCUUUACACUGUCUUUAAACUUUCAUACAGUGAGAGUACUAAAAUGUCAAAUUCACAGACACUGCCCUGCUAAAAAAAACAAACAAUAGAAAUGUAUUAGAUAACCAAUAAAAUGUAUUGGUUUUAAUG